CUGCGGCUCACUCGACCGCAGUUCCUAACAUACGCACGAAGAGCGCCUCUCCAGAGUGUUUGACGAAGUGAUGGGAUUGGGAGACUUUGCUGAGUCCUCCAGGGGUUCUGCCACCUCCUCCAGGAGUGGAGGUCAGGAGGAGACAAAAGGAGUAGAUGAAACUUCAGGGCAAGAGGAACACCAACAGGUAGAAGAAGAGGACAGCAAUGGCAGCAGACAAGAAGAAAAGAUGGAUGAGGGGGUGGGAGAGUCAUCCUUCCCCCGCAUUUCUUCGCCUUCCUCUGACCGACCCUCCUCCUUUAACAUGAGGACCAACGAAGGAGGCGGAGGAGGAAGCGGAGGGGCAGCAUUUGAUGACGCCCUGGAUGGCCUUCCAAUGUAUGGGCCAGAAGAAGAAGAUGAAGACUGGCACUUUGCCCUGCCAAUGGGCACCCUGGAGGAUGUCGAUGUGAGUAAGGCAAACAGAAAAAGAAGCCAACCAGAAGAGGGGAACAACGCAAGUCGAGCCGAUCGCUUUGCUCAUGAGCCCAGAGGGGUGGAGGAGGAGCGAGAGAGGGAAGAUAGCGUUGGUUCUGCCAACACCUCCCACUCCUCCCAGGACCACACACCUGACAACAGCAGAGAUGGAGGCGUCCUGACCCAGGCAGAGGAGACAGAAGACAGCCAGCAGGGAGAGAGGUCAGAAGCAGCUCCAGUGGAGGACAGUAAUCCCCCAAUGUCUCCUACUAUCAAUAUUAAAGAUGAGCCCAUUGAUGAGGGCUACGACGCUGCUUUACUGCCUCAGAGUUCCAUCAGGCAGAUCAAAGAGGAGCUGGAGCAUCAGGAGGAAGAACUGAGGAUCAGCUCUGUCUACUCUGUAGGAGGAGCAAACACCUUUGUGUCCCCUGCUGUGCCAGCAGCAAUCCCAGCCCCCCCUCCAGCGGCCAUUUUUAUUCCAGGUAGAGGUACUGUCUUACAAGCUAUGGGUCCUGUUCCGGUCAGACCACCAGCUCCAAUCCCAAGUUCACUACCAGCUCUGGCACCAGUACCCCCACGCCCACCUCAGCCCCCUGUUCCUGGUAGUGUUCGCUGCAGUGGCUGCUCUAAGGUUCUGCUGAAAGGCCAAACCGCUUUCCAAAGAAAAGGUUCGACGCAGCUCUUCUGCUCCACAGUCUGUCUGACCGGACAUCUGCCUCCAGCCACCAAGAACAGAUCCUGUUUCCAGUGCAACAGGGAGAUCGUUCAGCCCAGGGACAUGAUCACGAUUCCAGCAGACGACAGCACCUACAUGCACUUUUGUGGCCAGUUCUGUUUGUCUGUCUUUAGACACAAAAAGAAACAUUCUGACAAGAUUCCUGACAAAUGGGCUGACAAGCGAGUGGAGAGGAAGCCUGAGAAGCUGCCUGAGAAACCAGUGGAGCGACUACCUGAAAAACCAUUUUGCAGUGUCUGUAGAGUCACCAAUAGGAUUGAACAUGAGGUCACCCAUCAAGGUCGCCUGCACAGACUCUGUAGUGAUGCUUGUUUUGUAACAUGGCGCAAGAUGCGUCAGUUAGCCAUGAACUGCUGCGAGGGCUGUGGACUUUACUGUAAUAGCAACUCAGGCUCCUGUCAGACGCUCACGAUCGAAAGAUCUCAGCUCAACUUCUGUGGUCCAACCUGCAUUGGCACCUACAAACAGACCUGCAGAAAGAUGGCCGAGUGUCCCUACUGUCACAAGAUGGCAGUAGUGUCCUCAACCAUCAUGGAACGAGACCAAAGGGGCAAAAUUCAACUUUACUGUUCACCUGCUUGUGUGGAGCUGAGUCGACCUCCCCGACAUGUUCUCACUGGUACUGCAUUCCCGUGCUGCCUGUGCAAGGUGUCAGCUGUUCCUCAGUAUCAUCUGGCCAUGGUGGACGGCACCAUUCGUAACUUCUGCUCCUAUGACUGUGUUUCUAUAUACAGAAAGUCCGGGCACCCACCUCAGCCAGACCUGACCAAUGGAACCUUCUCUCUCAGGGACCCCUCCAUCAGAGAUGCCCCCAAACCAGGGCCCUCUGUCGGCGCCAGCUCAGUUCCCCCCAUCCCUCAGGACUACCCCUCUUCAGUCCCCUACCAAGGCCAUCAUCCCAGUCAUACCUCAGUGCCCCCACUGGUGCCUCCCUACCCAGCCAUGUCCUCCCCCUCUGUCCCAGGGCAAGCCCAGGCCAGAGCCCCCCCUGGUCAGCCCCAGAAACCAACAGAGGGUGGGCACAGUGACACCUCCAAACUGACCUGCCAUCAGUGCAGCAAACAGUUUAACACCAAGCCACUGCUAUUCAGUCACCAAGGUCGUAUUUCUAUGUUCUGCAGUAAGACGUGCUGUGAACAGUAUAAAACCCAGAAGAAUAUCCUGGCGCUGUGUGAGUGCUGUAAACAGGACAAGGUCCACUUUGACACCAUCAGCUACAACCAACAGGACCUGGUCUUCUGCAGUGAAAGCUGUAAGCUCCUCUUCAAACAUGACCUGACCUCUCGUAACAAGGAUCAUCCCUGGCGUCCCUGCACCUACUGCUCUGGCAUCGGCCAGAAGAUGCUGCACAGCCAUUACGGAGGCAGGAUGGAGGAGUUCUGUAGACCCCACUGCAUGUCUCAGUACACUGUACUCUACUACGGGAUGGGGAGAUGUGACAGUUGCAGGAAACAGGGCUACAUGACGGAGAAGCUGCAGUGUUUGGGUUCAGUCCGCAACUUCUGCAACUUGCCCUGCCUUCUACAGUACUGCUGCCUGCAUUUUGAGACAAGCCAGCACGCCAGCAGUAAUGGUACUGGAACGGCCCCACAGACACCGUAUGCUCCAACUCAGCCCCACCACUCCUCCAAGAUGAAUCCUGUCAUUGCUGAUGUCGUCUCAUUAGCAAGUGGCUCUGCCACCCAGCCCAGUGUGUCAGCAGAUACUGCUCUGACUGGAGCACUUCCAACCUCCAACGUUGACGGCAAGAACCUCGACCACGCCAGUACUCAGACCGACGCCAUGCGUGUGCCUGUGUCUCGCCGACGUCAAAUGAAGAACAAGUCGGUUCUGUGUCGACCCUUCACUAUGGACCAAGAAAGCAUGUGCCAGCUGCCCACACCUUCCACUGCAUCAGCAGCUCUGCUAGAUAGCCCCUCACAACCAUCCGCUGAAGCAUCCACAUCGCCACCACCGUCACCCAAACCUCAGGGAGAUACACAGCCAUGUAAUGGUGUGCCGGCACGCCUGACCGGACGGCAUUUCUUGGGCAAGAGGGAGACUGACUCUGACUGCAAGGUGUGCUCAAAAUACAAAAGGAAGAAGGUGGAGGAAGAGGAAGAAGAGCAGAGAAAGAAGCAGAAGAUGGAGGAGGAGGAGCCAGAGAAGAAAACGGAAGAGGAGGUACAAAAUGAGAAAGAUGGGAAGAGAAAAGAUGAGGAGCACUCUGACACAAAAGACUGUGAGAAGAGUAGUGCAACAGCGAGAAGGCAAACUUCAUAUUACUGUAAGACGUGUUCAGGAGAGCCCAGCCUCUGUCCUGUGCCCUGUUUUGAACUCUACCACACCAGACUGAUCUACAAAACAGCUCCUGAACUGGAAGCACAAGGUGAGCCUUCUGAAUCUCUGGCUCUGCCCUCAGUUCUCUCCUCAGCAGGAGAGGAGAAUGUGAAGGUGGUCAUGGUACCAGUCCCAGUGCCGGUCUUCAUCCCAGUGCCUAUGAACAUGUACUCCCAGCACACACCUGUUCCGAUGGCUAUGCCCAUGCCUGUUCCAGUACCUGUGCUGGUACCACCACAGAAGAAGGACAUGAAAGAUGCAGCUGUCCAAUCACAGCCAAUUGCUGUUAAAGAAGAAAAACAGAAAGAUUCCAGUGCAGACCAGAGCGGUUCUCAUAGUGGAGACACAAGGUCACAAGUGGUCACUCCCAUAAUCCAUGAAGAUGAAGACACUCAAAAAGCAGUACAAGUACAAGCCGACCCGCCUUUCACUGUAAGUUCAGAGAGGGGCACAGACUCAACUGAUCCCCAGCUUAAUGCCCAGCCUACCACCAGUGCUGAGCAUCAACCGCCCUCCUCUCCCAUGAUGGACUUGGAGACUGACUUACCGUCUGAAUCACUGGGUCAGAAGUUGCCUGCUCCACAGAGAGGAGUAAAGAGACCCAGAGAGGGUUUCUACGGCCGGAAACGGGGUCGAAGGCGGACUGUUUCAUCGGAGCGCACUGCAGUGGUGACCCCCGCCGCCUCCAAACUGAACCACCUGUAUGGGGUUAAAGCCUGGAAGAGCUGGGUCCAACAGCGCAACAAACAGCCACAAGAGUGUGAGCCUCAGUUCUCUUUACUAUUUUAGAUUUACUUCCUCUUGUCUUUUACUCGGAUCUGUUGAUUGUUUUUUAUUCUAUAGCAGUCAUAUUUUACAUUCUCUCCACCUGUAGCCAAUCUAGUGGAUAUUAAAGAAGACAUCCUUCAGUGUGACUCUGCUGAGCUGAGCUUUGCUCUGUCUCGCUUCGUCCGAGAAGUGAGACGGCCCAAUGGAGAGACCUACAGCCCAGACAGCAUCUUCUACCUCUGUCUGGGGAUACAACAGUAUCUGUUCAUGCAGGGCCGCAUACAGAACAUCUUCACUGACGAGCUCUACAGUCAAUUUGCCACUGAGAUCACUGGGAUGCUGCAACUCUGGAGGCCUAAAUUACUACCAAUUGGUGUUGUUUCCUCCCGUGUUGAAGAGUCUUACCUGUGGGAGUGUAAGCAGUUGGGCGCCUACUCCCCCAUAGUGUUGCUCAACACACUGCUCUUCUUCUGCACCAAAACCUUCCACUUCACUACGCUGGCGCAGCACCAAAGUCUCUCCUUUAUCAACUUCACUCGACGCUCUAAAGCCUGCAACCGAACUGGCAAAGUCCACUACCUCCAGCACCAGAGAAGCAGCUCUGCCACGCCCAGCCGGGAGGACACAGAGCGACUCAGAAAAAGAGAGAGCAGAGCAGAGAAUGAGGGAGACAUGGAGAUGCUAGAAAAUGUCACCAACCCUCUGCACUGUCCUGUCAGACUCUACGAGUUCUACCUCUCUAGAUGCCCGGAGUCUGUGAAGAAGAGAACUGACGUGUUUUACCUCCAGCCUGAACAGAAUGUGCACACACACAGUUCACACUGGUACACUGCUCAGCCACUAGAGGGAACCACUCUACAGAGCAUGCUCACACGCAUCCUGGCCGUCAGAGAGGUUCAUCAGGAACAGGAUGCAGCCCAGCGUCAGUCCUCAGCCAGCACUAAUAAUAACAGCUUACAGUGAUAUAAAGCCUGUCUGCCUACCCAUGAUCCUCUCUGUACCAGAAACGCUCACAGUGAAUUCCAACUGUACAUACACCUAUCAGUCAUCGCAGACUGAGGCUGACAGGUCUGUGAAGCGGGGAGUUCGGGUUCGGACUCGGACCACCAGGCUUUCAAAGACAGAACAAACAGAGAUAUGAUGAAAUGACACUCUUACACAAAGAGAGACAUUUUUGCAGAACUGGGAUUGUGGGAUAAUUGUAUUUAGUUACCUCAGUGGCCAUCUGCUCCUCACAUAAAUGCACAAUGAGUUUACAAACAUCUGAUACUGUUUAAUAUGGAAAAGGGAGUGUUAAUGAGUUCAUUGUUAAUGCAGCAUUUAUCACAUGUAUUGGGUUGAUUGACUACCAGUAAUGGUGAAUGCCAAACCUGUCAGAUGUACGGUUUAUCACAAUAUUAGACCAGUGGGAACAACAAACAGUCUGAGCUGCUGUGAGCAGGGCUGCUUUAUAGUUGUUGCUCCUCUUUGCAUCUGCAGUUGCUCACAUGGAGAGUUUUGACUGGUAUAAAGUUUUUAAGGCUGAUACAGGUAUUUAAGGAUUUGAAAAAAAAAACACCAAAACCUGAAAGAAUGAAAUCUGAGCAGCUUUUGUUAUUCAGUCAUGAGGUGUAUUCAUGCGUAGCUGCACAAAACUAGUGUAGGUGAACCAGUCCUCACAGCCACUGUAGUAUUGAUGAAUUAAAGAUUAAAUAUGUAGUUUGAAAAAUCUGCAUCAAAUUCAUCACAUUCAAGAUGGAUGACAUCUGACAUUUGAUUAAAAGCCAAUAUAUAAUCUAAUAUGUUGUUAAACAGAUAUUUAUCAGUAUAUUGU